UCCUUCUGUCUUGUUUUUUUGGCAAACCAAGAGUUUCCUUCCUGAUAAAAACGGACGGCAGGCGCCCCGAUUGGGUGCUGCGUUGGAGAGGAUGUGACAUCAGGCACAUCUCUCGCUUCGCUGGAUCGCUGGCUGCCUCCCAAAGCAGCCAGGGAGCUGCUUCGUUAAACCCCAACCCAGGUACUCAAAUUUCUGUACAAAGUGCUGCCAGCACCACAUCCCACUCUGCUGCAAGGUCUGUUUGACUUGUGCGUGCAGAGUCUGCUUAACAGAUCAUUCCCACUGCUGGGGCUCACUGGGGACGAUGGAAUUUGAACUCUGGAGACCGACCACGAAGUGAAAAAACAGAAAGUGGACAGACAGGGCUGAGAUGGAUGAGGAGGGAACAAAUCAAAAUACCAGCAAAUUGCAAGGAACCGGAGGCCAGGCAUCUGCAGCAUCUCUAUCAAACCCAUUGAUGGGGGACUUUGUGUCAGACUGGUCUCCUUUACAUGAUGCCUCUAUCCAUGGGCGUCUGCUUACUCUGAAGAAACUCAUCAAACAGGGGAGUGAUGUUAAUCUUGUCACAGCAGAACAUGUGUCUCCUCUCCAUGAAGCCUGCCUAGGGAGUCAUGCUGCUUGUGCCAGUGUCCUAUUAAAGCAUGGUGCUCAGGUGAAUGGAGUUACUGUUGACUGGCACACGCCGUUGUUCUGUGCUUGUGUCAGUGGCAGUGUGGCUUGCUUGAAUUUAUUGCUGCAGCACGGAGCCAGCCUGCACCCGCCCUGUGACUUGGCAUCCCCCAUCCAUGAAGCUGCUAAGAGAGGUCAUGUGCAAUGUGUUGAAUUCCUCGCGUCCCAUGGGGUAAAUAUAGAUCACAACAUCAAGCAUCUGGGUACUCCACUUUAUUUGGCUUGUGAGAACCUGGAAGUGAACUGUGCCAAGAAGCUGCUUGAGUCAGGAGCAAAUGCGAACAGUGGCAAAGGCCUGGACUCACCUCUGCACGUGGCUGCCAGGAAUUGCAGUGUGGAGCUGGUGAUGCUGCUGAUUGACUUUGGAGCAGACAUUUGGAUGAAGAAUGCUGAAGGCAAGAGGCCAAUGGAACUGGUUCCACCUGGCAGCUCUGUGGGAAGAUUAUUCUUGCAGAAAGAAGUAUCCUGUUGCCAGAAACCAAAGCAUGGUUGCGACUGGUCUGUGCUUUCCCAAGCUGUCCUUUGGUGAUAAUGGCUGCCUGAUACACCUGGGAUCACACUCUGAGGGGCUAUUGCCACAUCACCUGCACUGGGGAGGCAGAUCACACGCUUUAACAAUUUUGGAGAUCCUUUCUUCUAGACUUCGCUGUGAAGACUCCUGCAAGAGUGGGCUUGGUGUGCAGAAACUUCGAUGACAUCAUUAAUGUCAUUAAUGAGAUAGACAGAGUCCUCAUCUCCUAUGCAAGAGAGAGAGACUGGCAGCAUUCAAAUACACAGACUUAUUUUGAUGUUUACUAGUGUGCCAGUGAGUGCACCGCAAGACUUCCUUUUGCAUAUGGGAAGUUAAAGAGGCUGGAUCAAAUGCUACAUGGAUGCUCAUAUUUGAUGUAAAUUACAAUUCAAAUCCUUGGCUGGACAACACGACUGCUAGCUAUAGGUAUCCAGUAUGAUGGUUUGAUUUUUUUUCCUGCUGACCAAACAGAACAAGAGAAGUCUUGUUGGUUUUGUGAGACAUUAAAUUGUAUUCUAAUGGGACCAAGUGAAACACUUGGGUCUGUAAUUCCCCCUGUGAUAGAAACAGCUAGAAUCCUUCAUAUAUCUGACAAAAUUAAUUUCACAAUUUGAUCAUGUAAAAAUGCACUGGAUGGUUUAACAUGGCCUUAUAUAUUCCUUUGUUCCUACUGGGAAGAAAAAUAGAUACCUGCCUUCAUAAGCUGAAUAAGGACAGGCAUCUUGGAUGUGAAAGGUGGAGCCUAAUAAAAUCAGUAACUUUGUUAAGCUGAAUCUGCAUUGAUCUGGCAGGCAACAGACAAUGAACAUACGCCUUGAAUUUUGAAAAGAGAAGAAAACUUGCUUUGGUGACACAUUUGAAAGCUGAAGAUUUAGCUUAUUGUAUUUUAGAUGAAAAACCUUUUUUUAACACACUAGUUUGUCAUUUACCUUUAAGCCUCUUACUUUGUAACGUCAGCCAAUAGGUUUAUAGGAAUAAUGUUAGCACCAGGGAAAAUUGCCCUGGCAAGGUGGUAAGAGUGUUUUUCUAGAUAAUUUUUCUUCUGGAAAUUUCAUAGUCUGACUCUGUUUACUUGAAUCCCUCUGAUCAAGUGUAUUUAGGGUUAUUUCUGUAUGCCCAUUUUGUAUCAUCUUAGCAUGUUUGUUUAUUUAUUUUAAUACAAAUUGUGAUCAACACUGGCAAAUUACAGCUUUAUGCAUCAACAUUUAUACAGUUACGAACUGUAAAAAUUGUACAAGAUGCAAACUGAAUAAGCUCAUUAUAAGUGAGGUCUGGACCUUUUUCUAUUUUUGAAACCAUUCCAAAUGUAAUGUAGGACUUGAAAAAAUUGUCAAGAAGAUAUUUUAUCAGAUUCUUUGUUAUUAUUUUGUUAGCAGUUUAAUGAUAAUCAAUUCACAAUUUUAUAGGAUAUUUGCUCAAAAAGAAACAUUUAUACUCUUUUAAAAUUUGUAUUUAUUUUUAAAAUGAUAAUGCUAGGUUUUAUAUUGUCUGAUACUAUGGAGUUUUCAAUUGAAGUCUAGUUGUUUGCAAUGCUGCCUAUGGGUGAGCACAAUACAGAAUAAUGUGUUUACAUAGAUCUAUAGUAAAGAUAAGACUAAGAUGCAAA